CAUUCGAAAAAAAGAAAGGAAGGAACAGAGAGCAGAGAGAAAGGAGACGGAGACGACUAACCUCUAAACAGUGAGAGGAGAGCGAUUAACCUCUAAACAGUGAGAGGAGAGGAGCAUCGACAGGGUAACAGAGAAUAGAGAGAGAGGAGCCGACCUGUGUGUCGCUGACCAGGCUGCGUCCGCUGCCGCUGCUGCUGUGUGUGGCGCAAGGGUGCUGCCUCUGCUGCUGCUUGUGUGUGUGAUUCUACAAUGGAUAUUGAUUCAAACAAUAAUUCAUUCAAUGGGAAUGAGAAAGUUGAAGAAGAGGAUAACAAUCUUUCAAUUAAUGAGAGUGGUGAAGUUGAAGAACCAAACAAAGGUAUGUAUUUUACCUCAAAGCAAGAAGUGUAUGCAUUUUACGCAAAAUAUGCGAAACACCUUGGAUUUGCUAUAGCUUAUAGAACACAAAAUGUAACAAGUGAUGGGGAAGUAAAGUACUUUGGAAUUGAAUGUACUCGGGCGCGGAAUAGAAGAAAAAAAUCAGAAGUAAAUCCCCUGGAAUCAUCUUUGUCAUCAAAAAUUGAUUGUAAAGCAAGAGUAAGAGCCAGUCUACAAAAGGAUGGAAGAUAUAAGUUAACCACAGUUGUGCUUGAGCACACUCAUGAUUUGAUUCCUAGUGACUCAAGGUAUUUUGCAAUAAAUAAGAGGAUUCUUACUCCGGUGAAGAGGAAACUAGAAGUUAACGAUGUAUCAGGGAUUGAGGUGGCUAGGAAUUUUCAUUCCAUGGUUGUUGAAGCAGAGGGAUAUAAGGCAUUAACGUUUGAUGAACGAGAUGCAAGAAAUCAUAUUGAGAAUGCAAGAAGAUUGAAACUUGGGAUAGGAGAUGCCGAAUCAGUUGCAUUUUAUUUUCAUAAAAUGCAACAACAUAAUUCGAACUUCUAUUCGGCAAUUGACCUUGAUGAAGAUGGUCGCAUGCGAAACUUGUUUUGGGCGGAUGCAAGGAGUAGAGCGGCUUAUAAAGCAUUUGGGGAUGUUGUUUCCUUUGACACAACUUAUUUGACAAACAAAUAUGAUAUGCCGUUUGCUCCGUUUGUAGGAGUUAAUCACCAUGGGCAGUCAAUUUUGUUUGGUUGUGGGUUGUUAUGUAAUGAGAACACUGAGACAUUUGUUUGGCUAUUCAAAGAAUGGUUAAGUUGCAUGUCAGAUGCUCCCCCAAAAGCUAUAAUAACUGACCAGUGCAUAGCUAUGCAAAAUGCCAUAGAAAUUGUCUUCCCACAGGCUCGACAUCGUUGGUGUUUAUGGCAUAUAAUGAAAAAAAUUCCGGAGAAAUUGAGAGGAUAUUCGCAAUAUGACUCCAUAAAGGUUGCUUUGAGUAAUGCAGUUUAUGAUUCAUUCACAAAAGAUGAAUUUGAGGAAUAUUGGCAAGCAAUGAUUGCAAAAUUCAAUCUGCAUGAUAACGAGUGGUUGGGGGUAUUAUACCGUGAGCGACAUAGGUGGAUUCCUGCCUAUGUUAAAGACAUAUUUUGGGCUGGCAUGUCAACUACACAACGAAAUGAAAGCAUGAAUGCAUUUUUUGAUGGAUAUGUGAACUCCAAGACAACCUUAAAGCAAUUUGUUGAGCAGUAUGACAAUGCAUUGAGAAGUAAGAUAGAGAAAGAGACAAAAGCAAAUUUGAAUUCUCGUAAUAAAUUGUAUGAUUGCUUAACGGUGUAUGGUUUUGAGAAGCAAUUUCGUGCAGCUUACACCAAUUCAAAAUUUAAAGAAGUGCAAGCAGAAAUAAAGCGUCUAAUGUACUGUCGUGCAAAUCUUAUGAAAGAGGAGGGAUCAAUUUGUACCUAUCAUGUGAGGGAGGCUAUUCUUUCGGGUGAGGGGAUGAAUAAAGUGGAAUUUGUUGUGUAUUGUAAUUCAAUUGAAUGUGAGCUCCAAUGUAUGUGUCGGUUGUUUGAGUUUAGAGGUAUUAUGUGUGCCCAUUCACUUAGUGUGCUCAUUGAGAGGUCCAUAUAUGAGGUGCCAAAUAAAUACAUUGUUUCAAGAUGGAGAAAAGAUUUGGAAAGAGGGUACACAUGCAUUCCAACCACAUAUACUAACUCCGGGGUUGCUCUAAAUCCAAUGUUGCAUACUAACUAUCACAAGACGUUGGAUGAGAUCCUAGAACUUGCUACCAAUGAUGAUGAAAAACACAAAGUGAUUCAACUUGGGUUGAAGGAAAUCAAGGAUCGAGUGAGAAUAGUUGAAUCGGGUAGUGCGAGUAAUGCGCCAUGUACUAGUACUGUACCUCCUGGGACUAGUAGUAAUGCUUCAAAUUACUAAUUAAAUUUUGUUACUGUUUCCUCAUAAGGUGCCGCAAAAUCAACUUUACUAUUUUCCUUCUAUGGAUGGCACACAAGACAGUAUGUAUGUACCGAUGCUGCAACAUCAACCUUAAUAUUUUCCUUGUAAGGAUGGCACACAAGACUGUAUAUAUAUACCGGCACGGGUUAGCACAAUGCAAAUAGGGAACAAUAUUGGAAGCACAUCUCAGACUCAAUCCGGAAUGGUCAACAAUAUAAGCCGUCAAAGUUCGAUAGUACCAUCAAAAUUUGUUGACUUGAAUAUAAAAGCGAAUCCAAAUGUCUCAUCAUUUUUUUUUUUUUUUAGUUUCACAGUACUAAUUGUAGGUGCAUUUCAUUUGUAAACUUCGGAUUGUUUGGUUUUAUUUCGUUUCCAUACAUUUUGUGGCUAUUGUUUGGCUUCAUUUGAAAAUGUUGGUUUAAGUUGUAAUUGUAGUUGUAUUUGUAUUGAAUUGUUGUUGGUUUGAAUUGUAGUUGGAUUUGGGGUUCAAUUUAAUUGAAUUAUACUUGUUCCA